CCUUGCGGUGCGAGCUGUUCAAAGAAAGAUACACGGCGUCGUUGGCAGCGGGGAAGUAUCUAAUCGAACGUCUUCGAGAUAGGUUAGGCAUUCGCGAGUCCACAAUGUUAGCCCCUGGUAGCAGCGAGGCAAUGACGCCGUCGUCGCUGGAGAGCGAUCGAUCGCAAGUUCUCACACGAAGCGGGAUAGUAGAAUUGCUGGCAAGCCGCGGCCCUCUGUUUCGUUAUCGAUAGUACGAACUCCUCGACUUUAAAGACCCCCUUUGACUGGGCUUAUAAAAUUGUGAAGUAGCUUUACCUUUUCUUGAGCCCGCUUUUUCUUCUUCGAUGGCAGCGUCGGUGUGCAGUAAAUAACUCCCUCCUCCAUCACAACACCACGGAAGCGUUGCCAUAGUAACGAAGACGACCGGACAAGGCGGAUAUGGGUUGCAAGGAUGAGUAUCGUGGUCGGUGACCUUGACAACGAUGGCCAAAGGGACCGCGUGUUCUUCGAGGCGCACCAUGCAACGUCGAUCCUGAGCUCCGAGACUGCGCUGGUUUUGAUCGCGUUCACCGUGGUCGCCUGCAUUACGGUGCUCUGUUGGUGCGUCUUCUUCGCCAUCUCCAAGCGAAAUCGGCUGGCCUCGUGCUUGGAUCCCCACCUCCGCAAGUCUACCAAGGACGGUCAGUCGUCACGGAACUCGCAAGGACCUGCAGCGCCUCCGCCAGCGCAGACGUUUCCGUACCCUGACUUCGCACAUCACGCACACCUUCGACCUCACACGAUUGGGGUGCCCAUGUUGUCGACCCUUCCAGAGCUCCCCGAGCUUGGUUCGGGCAACUCGUUUGUGAACCAAUCCUUCCAUCCGCCGGGAUGGAAGUACACACCGGAGAGUUGCGGCUUCUGAUGUUUUCAAAUUGUUCACUUUUUAAGCUUUUAAACAUUUUGUUCGCAUAUGUGUAUAUAUGUAUCGAAGACGUGGGUGCUGUGCGUAAUCUGUAAUUUCGUCUGUAACCUGUGAGCGCUAUAGCACAGGAAGUGUCAUAAGUGCAGAAUAAAGUUUUAUCGGCAGGAUUCCUGCUCUGCAAUUUCGUGAAUUCCUUUGUUUGUGGAAGGUGUCGGACGGGGGAAUGGGAACUAUUUGGGAGAUGAAAACGACUUUCCGCCCCCUAAAUUGAAAUAUCUGGGACGAUCGCUUCCCCUGUUCCGACGCCACUGGACUGUCGGA